UUUCCGGAGUCCGCGCAGCCAAUGAACGCAUUCCACAUGCGGACAGCGAGAGCUUUGCAUGCGGAUCAGGAGAGCGGCGGAGCAGAGACACGCGAUUGGUGCUGAUGGUGCUAGAGCUGCGAACACCGGCUGCGGUUUAAGGGAACGAGCCGAUGAUAGAUCCGAAAUACAAUUUUGAGGUUAUUUAUCACAUCAUAAGGACACUAAGACUCCCAGCAGGCAUCGAAAAUUUUCAAGAUCAAGAACAUCCAGCGAGUUAACGAUGUCUGUUGCGUAAUUUUUGGUUGAAUUAACCUGGGUUAGUAACUUUUCUUCUAAUUAAACGCCCUAACUAAAAGUUUAAAUUGCGUAUCAUCGCGUACUUUUGUUAUCUAAAGUCACAACGGUUGUUUUUGGAUCAAGUUUUUCGUGGAUCCGAAGGUCUUGGAGUCAGGACUGAAGGCUUUGAAGAAGCCCGUGUUUGGGGGUUGCAAGUCCGUUUAUUAUCAGCGUGUCCGUCCGUCCACGAUGGAGAACGCACAUACAAAAACCGUGGAGGAAGUUUACAGCUUUUUCUCCGUGAACGAGAGCACUGGGCUCGGCCUGGAGCAAGCGAAGCGACAGCGGGAGAAAUGGGGACCGAACGAAUUGCCUGCGGAAGAGGGAAAAUCACUGUGGGAGUUGGUGGUGGAGCAAUUUGAGGAUCUUUUAGUGAGGAUUCUUCUACUGGCAGCUUGCAUAUCUUUUGUACUGGCCUGGUUUGAAGAGGGAGAGGAGACCAUUACAGCGUUUGUGGAGCCUUUUGUAAUAUUGCUAAUUCUUAUAGCCAACGCCAUUGUAGGUGUCUGGCAGGAGAGAAACGCUGAAAAUGCCAUUGAGGCUCUCAAGGAGUACGAGCCCGAGAUGGGCAAGGUCUAUCGCCAGGACAGGAAGACUGUACAGAGGAUCAAAGCCAGGGACAUUGUACCCGGGGACAUUGUGGAAGUUGCCGUGGGUGAUAAAGUUCCUGCUGACAUUCGCUUGACUUCAAUCAAGUCAACGACCCUGAGGGUGGACCAGUCCAUUCUGACAGGAGAAUCUGUGUCAGUAAUUAAGCAUACAGACCCUGUCCCUGACCCUCGUGCUGUGAACCAGGACAAGAAGAACAUGCUCUUCUCUGGUACCAACAUUGCCGCAGGCAAAGCGGUGGGCGUAGUGAUUGCCACCGGUGUGAACACCGAAAUUGGCAAAAUCCGUGAUGAGAUGGUGUCCACGGAGCAGGAGCGCACGCCACUCCAGCAGAAACUGGAUGAGUUCGGCCAGCAGCUGUCCAAGGUCAUCUCGCUCAUCUGCAUCGCCGUGUGGAUCAUCAACAUUGGACACUUCAACGAUCCCGUUCACGGUGGGUCAUGGAUCCGCGGGGCCGUAUACUACUUCAAGAUCGCCGUCGCGCUGGCUGUGGCCGCCAUCCCCGAAGGCCUGCCCGCCGUCAUCACCACCUGCCUGGCUCUGGGUACCCGUCGCAUGGCCAAGAAGAACGCCAUCGUACGCUCUCUGCCCUCGGUGGAGACCCUGGGCUGCACCUCCGUCAUCUGCUCGGAUAAGACCGGCACACUUACCACCAACCAGAUGUCCGUUUGCAGGAUGUUCAUUGUUGAUCAGGCAAAUGGAAACAGCUGCUCUCUAAAAGAGUUCACCAUUUCUGGCUCCACAUACGCCCCUGAUGGAAAAGUGUUUCAUGAGGGUAAACCAGUGCGAUGCUCCCAGUAUGAUGCUCUGGUUGAACUGGCCAGCAUCUGUGCUCUGUGUAACGACUCCUCUCUAGAUUUCAACGAGGCCAAAGGUGUGUACGAGAAGGUGGGAGAAGCCACAGAGACCGCUCUAACAUGUCUGGUGGAGAAAAUGAACGUGUUCGACACAGAACUAAAAGGCCUUUCCAAGGUUGAGUUGGCGAACGCUUGCAACUCGGUCAUCAAGCAGCUGAUGAAGAAGGAGUUCACUCUGGAGUUCUCCCGAGACAGAAAGUCCAUGUCAGUGUACUGUACUCCCAACAAAGCUCGCUCAUCCAUUGGCAAGAUGUUUGUUAAGGGUGCUCCAGAGGGAGUGAUUGACAGAUGCACGCACAUCCGUGUGGGUGGGAAUAAAGUCCCCCUGACAGCAGGUAUUAAAGAGAAGAUCCUGUCUGUGAUCCGUGAGUACGGCACAGGACGUGACACACUGCGCUGUCUGGCUCUGGCCACCCGAGACAACCCAUUGAGCAAAGAGAGCCUUGUACUGGAGGACUCAAACCGGUUCAUUGAGUAUGAGACGGACCUGACCUUUGUGGGAUGUGUGGGCAUGCUGGACCCACCCAGAGCUGAGGUGGCAGCUUCCAUCAAACUUUGUCGUCAAGCGGGCAUUCGAGUCAUCAUGAUCACUGGUGACAACAAAGGCACAGCUGUGGCCAUCUGCAGGCGCAUCGGCAUCUUUGGUGAGGAUGACGAUGUCUCGUGCAUGGCCUACACUGGCCGAGAGUUUGACGACCUGUCUGCUGCCGCCCAGCGUGAGGCAGUGAUCACUGCCCGUUGCUUUGCCCGUGUCGAGCCAUCUCACAAAUCCAAGAUUGUGGAGUUCCUGCAGUCCUACGAUGAGAUCACUGCCAUGACUGGAGAUGGUGUGAACGAUGCACCUGCUCUGAAAAAGGCUGAAAUUGGCAUUGCUAUGGGGUCAGGCACAGCAGUGGCUAAGACUGCUUCAGAGAUGGUCCUUGCUGAUGAUAACUUUUCUACCAUCGUGGCCGCUGUGGAAGAGGGUCGAGCCAUUUACAAUAACAUGAAACAAUUCAUCCGCUACCUCAUCUCCUCAAAUGUCGGCGAGGUGGUCUGUAUUUUCUUAACGGCUGCUCUGGGCUUCCCCGAAGCUCUGAUUCCAGUUCAGCUGCUGUGGGUGAAUCUGGUGACGGACGGUCUGCCUGCGACCGCUCUGGGCUUCAACCCACCCGACCUGGACAUCAUGAGCAAACCCCCUCGCAAUGCCAGAGAGCCACUUAUCUCUGGCUGGCUCUUCUUUAGAUACCUGAUAAUUGGCUGUUAUGUAGGUGCUGGUACUGUAGGUGCUGCUGCAUGGUGGUUCAUUGCUGCUGAAGAUGGGCCUAGAGUCACCCUCUAUCAACUGAGCCACUUCCUUCAGUGUGCACCGGACAACCCUGAGUUUGAGGGCCUGAAGUGUGAGGUCUUUGAGUCUCCCUAUCCAAUGACCAUGGCUCUCUCCGUACUAGUGACCAUUGAGAUGUGCAACGCCCUCAACAGUGUUUCAGAGAACCAGUCUCUGCUUCGCAUGCCCCCCUGGGAUAAUGUGUGGCUGCUAGGAGCCAUCUGCCUCUCCAUGUCCCUCCACUUCUUUAUCCUAUAUGUGGAGCCCCUGCCGAUAAUCUUCCAGAUCACUCCACUGAACGUGACCCAGUGGCUUAUGGUAUUGAAGAUUUCCUUGCCCGUCAUCUUGCUGGAUGAAUUGCUCAAGUUUGCAGCCAGAAACUACCUGGACAAGCCCAAAGACCUGGACAAGCCCAAGGGCAUGGCCUGCUCACUCAGCACCUGCACGGAGGGCAUUUCCUGGCCCUUUGUGGCUCUCUCACUCCCCCUGGUGCUGUGGCUCUACAGCAUUGACACUAACUUGGCUGAAAUGUUCUGGUCUUGACUGAAAUGAGCACUGAUGUGUGUAGAUGGUGUGUACGUGUGUCUGUAUGUGUGGUUGUGCGUUUAAAGUGUGCCUCCGCAAACAGCGAAUGUGUACGAGAAGGACAGGAUUAACACAAAAAUAACCUUAAGAUAGAAAUAUAACUUUUUUCUUUUUUUUUUUUCUUUUUUUUUUUAACUGUCCGUUGGUGAUUUGAGGAGACCAUACAGACCUGAAGUCUUCAAGUAUUAGUGACCAUUAAUAUUCUUUUUGGUCUUCUUGUUGGUUUCUUUUGUUAUUGCGUUUUAAAUUAAUCAUUUGUCUCGUCUCAUUUCAAACCAGUAACAAUAAUGGUAAUAUCCACUUUGUUUUCCCCCAUAUCAUGUGUUCAAAUUGCUGAAUUGAGAAAAGUGCUUGUGUACAGACAUUUAACACUAUUUUAUGCAAUGGUUCAUUUGUUCUUAUUUGUUCAUUUUGCUAACAGAGAGUAGAGUAGGUUGGGUAGAAAAGAGAAAGAAAGAGAACAAGACAGAAGAACUGUUUACUAAUGUUUACCUUUGUGUCUUCGGCGUGAACAUCGCUCAGAGCCAAUGGACAAGCAUGGUGUUGCAAAGCAGCAUGGGAAAGAGAGUAUGGGUCUGAACGUUUGAAUGCUUCAUGGUCAAAUCCUCAGAUGAAAGCUGCAUGUUCUGUAUUUCGCAUGCAUUUUGUGUGGUUUUUUCAUUUAUGAUUUGUACCUGUAUGUCUUUCCCUAUGUGUAAUAACUUCCAUUUUUAUGGUGAUACAUUCUGUUCCCACUAUUACCUGACACGUUUGAUUAGUAAAGCCAGUUUUUCUGCAGUAGGCAGAGUACAGCUACCUCAGGACUGUCAGAUUAGACUCUCUCUGGUUGCUUCCCACACCCCCCACACACACACACUUAGCUUUACACCGCCUGUACACAUUACUGCAUGAGGCGUGCCUCUGUUUGAAAACUCAGAUUCUUUUGGCCCUAACCAAUCUGUUUUAAGUUCUUUUUUGUGUGUUUGUUUUCACUGUAUUUUAUAAUUGAAUGAACUUGCAUUAACUUAAUUUAGAGGUUUUCUUUUGUUGUGGGGUGGGGUGGGUUGGACAAAAGAUGUAAAUGUUACCGUUUAUUUGGGUCAGAGAUAAACAAGUAGAAAAUUAAACAAGCAAAGGUUUAGGUGUUGCAUUCAAAACAUGAAUUUUACAAUGCAAAACCAAAAUGUUUCAUGCUCCCUUUUUUUUCUACUUUUAAGAAAAUGCACUCAUGAACCAUUUGAAUUAAAAUGCGUGUCUUCAUUUUA